AUGGCUGCCAAAAAAAAGGUGGAAACUUGUUCAAUUAAUAGCUUACCAGAUGAGGUUUUGGGUCAGAUCCUGUCGUUGUUCCCUACUAAACUUGCUGCUGCCACAUCAGUUCUCUCAAAACGGUGGAGAAAUCUGUUGCCUCUGGUUCAAAACCUUGAUUUCGAUGAGUCCAUGGUCUUUUAUCCGAACAGAACAUCAGAAACUAUUGUUGAUGGUGGUGGCUUCCUUGAUUUCGUGGACAGAACCCUUGUAUUGCUCGGUGAUUCUCCCAUCAAGAAAUUCUCUAUGAAGUGGGAUUCUCAAAUCGACAACUCUCAGUACAACCAUCUGAUCCGCAAUGUGCUAGAACGCGGAGCCUUGGAACUAGACUUGUCGUCAACAUCCAUACAACGUAUAAUGCCUGAGUUCUUCAGCAAGACGUUAGUUAAACUUACCCUUUCCCGGGGACAUUACGAGCAAGACAGUCAUCCUCCCAACGGUGUGCUUUUCCCUGCACUCAAAACUCUCUCUCUCGUUCAAGUCUCUUAUAAUUCGUUUGGAUGGGGUGAUCUUUAUGACUGCCUCCUCGACUCUUGCCCUGUGCUGGAGGAAGUUAACAUAUUUUCUGGUGAUCCUUUUGAUGGGGGUGGUUGGAGAAAACAUAUUUGGGGUUCAUCCAUCCAGAGAAUAUCCAUCUUUUACCGUUUUCAUGCUCUAGACGCCCACUUAUUGGUUGGCCUUGACACGCCAAGUCUUGUGUACCUUGAAUACUCUAGUUAUGUCGCAGAAGAUUAUCAAUAUGAAUAUUUUGGGUAUGAUUCUACAAAGGGUGAUGCUUGGGGUGAUGCAACCAAACUCGUUGAAGCUAUAAGGAAUGUUGUGACCCUUCACUUGUCUGCUGAUUCUCUUGAGGUGUUUCAUUGCUGCUGUAAAUCUAUGCCUGAGUUCAACAACCUCGUGACGUUGUCUUUUGAGAGCCACGAGGAACGCGAUUGGCAAGUAUUGCCACUUCUGCUCCAGAAAUCUCCAAACCUAGAAACUCUAGUCCUUAAGGGUCUUGUGCACAAGUUUACAAAAGGAUGUGGGGAUGUAUGCGCUUGCAAACGUGCGAGGAAGAAGAGGAAGAAGAAAAUUAGUUGUUUACUGUCGUGUGGAGUGAAGGUGCUAAAGGUUUAUGGGUAUGGAGGAAGUUGUAGAGAAUUGAAACAGAUGAGACAUUUCAUGGAGAAUUUGAGGUGUCUUGAAGUUGUGAAGGUUAAGGUUGAAGUUGAUAAGCAAGAUAAAAAGUACGCGGAUGACCUAAUGAAGCUCCUCCAGACAGCUUCUUCCAAGUGCAAGAUCCAAUUCAUUUGA